AUGGUUUAGCAGUGCAACAGCUCUCGUUUAGCUGUGUGUGUUGUGGGGCGUAUUCUGAAGAACGGCAUUUGUCGGCUGGAGUCGGUACAUGAGCUCAAUCGUCGGAGCGGCGCUACCCUGGGUUGGAGAAAAGGUGUCUGACUUGCUGGGUCGUCAAAGGGAGGCGAGCAACAACAUGGUAGCGGGCGGCAGCGGCAGGGCUGGCGUAGUCGAUGCUGAUAUCACUACGGCGACUGCAAUGAGGAUGGGUGCGCCUUCAUCGGCUCGAGUGCGCACCGCGCGAGCUGCUGCGUCCAGCAGCAGGAGGGCAACGCAACUCAAGAACGGCAGCAACAGCAGGAACCGCAGCGGUAGCAGUAGUGGCUGUAUUUUGCCCGUCCGGCGCGUUCGCAAAAGAGCAAAUACGUCUCCCAUCGCCGGUACUUCCCGGCACGAGGCGAAUAGCAACGGUGCGGCUGGAGCAGCAGGUCGCACUAACAAUGAUUGCGCGCCGCAAGACAAAACGCCCAAGGGGACAUCAGUGUGGGAGCCCGAGAACUUUCAGGGUGGCGGCGGCAGCAGCAACACGACAGGCGUGCUGAAAAAACGGCGCUCCACGGACGCCCUCGCCGGUAGCAACGCCAAUGGGCUCCCAUCUCCCCCGCCAGGAAACGGCAACAGGGCCGUGUCUGGAAUGGGGCUCCACUGGUCGGGGAAGAGCAGCAUUUCGACACACAGCAAGGGUGGGGACGCUGACGUCGCCGGUGGCACGCGGAGCUUAACUAGUGAGGAUAUCGUUAGCGGUAGCAGUGGUGCGGGUGUAAGAGCGUCAGCGGCGACGCGGGUGGGAGAAGGUCGGGCGCGAGGGCCGUCAUCAUCUACUCAUGAUGCGCGGGUGGUCCUCCCGGCAACGAGAAGCACUAGGGGAGGCACGAUCCCGUCGGCCAUUGCAGAGGGUAACGCUGGGAUCAGGAACAACAGGAAGUCCAGCAGAGCAGAGGAGGGGCAGAGAGACGUGGGAAAUUUGACGCCCUACGAUGCCCAAAUGGAUGUAAUCGAGGCCGAGAGCUGCCCGUCGAGCUUGACGCAACAGCGGGCAGAGGAAGCCGGGCGACGAGCACAAACGGAGCGGUUUUUAGCGCCUCUUCCUCCCGUUGGAGCAGGCGGAGUUGGGGGGGGGAAAGCCGACCUGACCAUCUCCAAUUGGCCACCUCGAACGGAUAGCGUUAAUGGGACCGGUGACGCCCAUGUCGUCAGCGGCAGUGGCGGCAACGGUGUUGGUAACGGCUACACGAACGGCAAGAGCAAUAGGGCCUGCUGGAAAACAUCGUCGGCAUCGUACUCGAACUCCUUAGAUUCCUCCGCCCCUGUUUUCAGCAACGGGGUGCUCGCUCCCCGACCUUUUUCGUCGACCGGUAAGGGCCGCAGUUUUGACGGCAGCGGGAAGAAAAGUGAUCGCUCCGAAAAUGGCGGGGGUGGGGCCGCCGGCGCGCCUAGAUCCCUCCGUGCGGUACUGAGAGGGCGAAACGUGGCCUCAAGGGAGGUGGGAUCGUCCUCCGGCUCGUCAACUAAUACUCAUGCCAACGAGGAUGCCGAACGCGGCGUUGGUGUUGGCGGGGGCGCCGUUUCUGCUGCUCCUGAGGUCGCGCCGAAAAACGGAGGGCGGUUGGCCUGGUGCGGGGACAGGGGAUUGUUGGCGAGGCCACCUGCUACGCUGCAGCCUCGCCAGCACCCCUUUGUGAGGUCGUCGUCGUUGUCCUACGCAGCUUCCACCAAAGGCCUGGCUUCCGCCGCCGGCCGAGGUGCCCAUGCGGCCGGCAGUUCCUCUGCGUGUGAUGCACUUUCGGGACGGUGUUCACAACGGCAGUCUACGGCGGCGGCGGCAGCGUGCCUUGGGCGUCUCGAUUUCACCGCCGUCAAUGUGGAUGCUGCCGGCGCGGCGUACCCGAGCGGUUGUGGGGGGGGUGGUUCCGACCGCCGCGGCGAUGUGGCCUGGAGUGGGAGAUUCGCGAAUGGCGGUAGCACUGCCGGCGAAGGCCAUGGUCGUGGUGCGGGUGGGAUAACAUCCGGAGAUCGAGAAGCUAGAGAUGGUCCCGAAAGUGUGACGCAAGAGAGUGGGGAAGUACGGGUGAUGGAGAGUGUGGAAGUUGGGGCUGAUGAUGUCGCUACGAUGUCAUCGUCCGCUCUGUCGGUGACAAGCAGGGAAGACGAGGAGUCUGACACGGAAGACGUGUACAUGAUGGUGGACGACCGCUACGACCCCGACUACCACCCUUUCGCCGAGAGCCUUUUAGACGCAAAUUCUGGGGACGAAUCAAGUAUCCACAUGAGCGUGGCGAUUGAGCAUGAUAACCAUCACAACGAAGACGCCGCGGAGGCGAGGAAGACUAGAAUGAGGGCUCGAGUGGCGGCGGAAGGAGCGUAUCGAACACGGGAGAAGACAUCAAGUUAUGCGACCGUGCUCGGGGAUGACAGCGAAGAGUGCGCAGGAGAGUCGUCCCUUGCGCCAAAUGGUUCCGAUUGCGGUAGUAUUGCAGAUGGCGAUUCCGGCGGGCACCUGUCCGUCGGAGAAGAAGCGCCUGCGACGCGGGGCGGCGGCAGAAAGGAAACGCUUAAGUCCAAGUCGGCGCGGCGUUGGGCCAAAGCAAGCGCCAUGGCAGAGCAAUGCAAUGACACGGAUAACAAGCCAGAUCUUCGCGUCGCCAAGCCUCGGACGCGAACGGUUAUGGAGCCUCUGGUCCCUCCGCAACCGCCUCCGGGGCCGCGACAGUGGCCGGCGCGGCCGGCGAAUCGCGCGCUGGUGUACGUCGCAGCGGCACAGGCUUCCCGAAGGGCUCGGGGAUUCACCGGGUGGUCGUUCCCCAAGCUGCCCCCCGCUCUCGUACCCCCCAGUCUGCCGUUGGCGGUAGAGAAGCCAAAAAAGGAGGAGCUAGACGUCGAAGAGGAAACGCCGGGCGCUGACGCAGGUGGUGGAAUAGAAGAGGGAUCCGUGGUGGCGGCGGCUGAUAGAAGGAAGAAGGGGAGGAAGUGCGUGGAGUCUGGUAAGCUGCACAGUUUCUUGGGCUUUGCGAAGGACAACCCCCCCGGCGUUCCGUCGCCGAAUGAGCUGGGGUGGAUGUCGCUGGGACCGAUGCACACACCUGAAGGAAGGGCUGCCAUCAAGCGGCAGGCGCUUGAGGAGAAGCGGCGUGCGCUGGAGGAGAUCGCCCAGCGCAAGCGCGAGGAGCUCGAGAGGCGGAGACUCGAGCUGGAAAGGAUUGCCCAGCGGAAGCGCGACGAGCUCGAGAAGCGGAGACUGGAGCUGGAGAGGGUAGCCUACCAGAAGCGGCAAGAGAUUCUUGACGCCCUCCGCAUCAAGGAGGAGAUCGCGGAGGCCAGACGUAAACGUCGCCUCAACGUCCUUUUCCUGGGAAUGACGAGAGUGGCUGAGUACGACUCACGGGGCGGACUGACCAAGGGAAUGAAGCGAUUCGAUCUCGUAGAGAGAAUGGUACGAGACGACGUGAACGAAGCCAAUAUGAAUCCUUUGAGGGACACGGCGAGGGUGCUUGCGAUGGAAGCACUAGGGCACGAAGUCCGCUGCAUCAGCAAGGUCUCCACUCCGGGAGAGUCCGACUGCGAAAACUCUAGAAGCACGAGGGCUCACGGCGGUCCCACAGGACUGGGGCGCUUCCUGGCCACCGACAUCACCAACACGGGCGCAUCCAGAGGCUUCUUGCGGAAAAUCGAGGCAAGCUAUAGUCUUCUGCUUGUCGUAGGGCGUAUCGCCGUGAUCAUCCGCCCCGGGCCCUGCUGCCAACCAAUACCGGGAAGCGUUUCCCCGAUUUUCCAGGAUGAACACGAUCCAGGCGCAGACGACAAGAGAGAAGUAUUCGCUAGAAGGCACUGUGUUGACGGGAUGUAUACUGCCUGCUUGGUUUGGGCACUUUGUACCGACGUCCAGGAAAAGUGGGAGAACGUCACGUUUGACACGGUGCUGCUGGACCACUACUGGCUCCCUGACUCGGUCGUUUGGCUGAACAAGGGGUACAUGGCAAACGACGGAGGUUUGAUACAGAACUUGGUUCGGAUGACAAAGACGCAGCUCCUGAGCGACGACUUCGAGAUCAUUCUCCCGAUCAACCAGGGAAGAAACCUAGCCUUGCGCAAAGCAGUUCUGGCUCUUGUUCGAGGGCAAGCCUAG